AUGAAAAAAGAAUUAUUGGAAGAGAUGACAAAUGCAAAAGUUCAUGGUUUCUGUUCAUCACUUAUAUAUGAAGCAGAUCAAUUGGAAGGUGCAUUAUCAACACUUAUACAAAGUUGUGGUAUUGGACCAUUACGACCAAAUACUUUACUAAUUCCGUAUCCGGAAGAAUUACAUGCUGAAAGUACUUAUUGGCAUUUUUUGCAUCGUCUUCAACAUGGUGCAAUGCAAGAUAUGUGUUUACUUGUACUAAAAGGUAUUCCAUAUUUUCCGGAAAAUGAAUACAGAAUGGCCGGAAAUAUUGAUAUGUGGUGGAUUCUUCAUGAUGGUGGUUUAUUGCUUCUCAUUUCAUUUUUACUCAAGCAACAUAAGGUUUUGGCGCAAUUGUCAUUUGCGAAUAUUUGUUGUUAUUGGACAUGA